GGGAGGCCACGCGGCCUGCGGAGCCUGGAUCCCGUUGCCCGGAGUGCGGGCGCCUCUGCUGGCGGACUUUCUGUUGCCCCUCCGUCUUGGGUCCACUCUGGGCGGUUGUCCUGAUUCACCGCGCUGCUGGAGCUGAUGGGGCCCUUUUCCCGGAGCCUGAGGCUGGCGACACCCCCAGGGCGAGGGCGCGUAGGACCCAGGGCACGUAGUACAGUGGGAGGAUCCGGUCCCGCAGGACGGAGUUUCGGGCAGGGAAGUGGACUUUUCGGGGACUUUGGGUGGGCAUGGGGUGCUGCGGCGUGGAGGGCUGCCAGGUCACGGGACAAACUAUAGUGCCCCUCCGUGAGUGGCGCGGACGGCAGCGGACUUCGCACACCUGAGAUCCUGGAGCAGUUACAGCUCCGCGGCUCUCCGCACCUCCGCGAGGCUCAGCUCCGCUUUGCAACCUAAGAGCUUUCUAGCAGCCUCAAUCACCUCCCGCUCUCCCCCCCGCCCCCGGUCUUUCACAUCCUUAGCCGCAGCAAGAAUGACAUUAAAACAAACCAUAGGCACAUAUUUAAUCCUAGGCUACAUCCUCAGGUGUUGCUCCUCAGCCUUGCGGGGCAUUUGUCUACGUGGCUCCUACUCCAGCACGCAGCUUGACUGUUCUCUGGGCCUGUCACUUUUUGUCCCCGUGCUUCAUGCACUUGCUCAAAUGUCCCAGGGUCUGGUAACCUUUUCUGUCACUUAAUUCUUAGCAUUAUCUGGGUUAUCUCAUGCCUGUGAGGGUGUUGCCAGCUGCUUGGCUAACUAACACUAGAGAUGCUAAAAGAGAUGCUCUGGCUAUCCCUAGGGACGACAGGGACGAGGCUGACCCAGAUAGGCCGUUUUGAACUGAAGAAUAGGAAAGAGAUACGGUGACAAGUAUUCAGAGUUUUGCCUGCUACACCUGUGGCCCUGUACCCUACGUGUAGGUGUUGAGCUGGCUCCGGCUGUGGCUCCACGCCCCAAGGGAUGGAGGCAAGGAGAGUCACUAGAAAACUUGGGCUGGGGGUGGCUUAGUUGUGCACGCAUGCUCCCCAGCGCCACAUGAAACUUGCCUAUGAUCCCAGUGCUGACAAGAUGGAGGCAGGACGGUCAGGUGUUUAACAUCUGUGGCUAUACAGCAAAUUUGAGAUUAUUUCCGGGCAUGAGAUCCUGCUUGGGGGUAGGGGGAAUCAGAAACGUUUUUAAGCAGGAUGCAAGACAAGGCUGGACCACACCUGGAGGAACAAAUGACAGUAAGGAAAGUGAGGAUGAACUAUGUUACCACAGGCCUUGGGCAGGCGACUGGUGAAUACCAUUUGUGUUUGGGUCACCCGUAAGACUUCCUGAACCAGAACUCGAGAGGGCGGCAUGAAGCCCAAGCUGUAGUUCCUUGGAUGAGCCCUGCCCCUCCCCCUCUCACGCUGUGAUUUUUUUUGUUCUGUGAACCACCACUGCCUGUUGCCCUGUCAUGAAGUUACCUCUUUCAAAAGGCCUGGGACUCAGGUGCUCUCUCCCCACAGGGCCUCAACUAUGUUGCGCAGGUUGGGCUGUGUGCUGUCCUGCAGCCUUGUGGCACUGCUGCUCAGCGGCCUGCUCUUUCUGAAGGAGCGCACACCAACAGGGAGCUCCAAGGCCCACAAGCACUUAUGGGCGCUGCCAAGGCCCCAGCACAGCCAGUGCCCACCCAAUUUAGCAAUUGCUAAUGCCUCCCUGUCCCUGCCCAGCCGCCAUCGCCUCUUCUUAACCUAUCGACACUGCCGAAACUUCUCCACAUUGCUGGAGCCUUCUCAGUGUGCUAGGGACACCUUCCUGCUCCUGGUCAUCAAGUCACAGCCUCAUCAUAUUGAGCAGCGUGCAGCAAUUAGAAGCACUUGGGGCCGGGCUGGGAGCUGGGCUAGGGGCCGGCAGCUGAAGCUGGUGUUUCUCCUAGGGGUAGCAGGACCUGUGCCCCCAGCCCAGCUGCUGGCCUAUGAGAGCUGGCAGUUCGAUGAUAUCCUGCAGUGGGACUUUGCUGAGGAUUUCUUCAACCUGACGCUGAAGGAGCUGCAUGUGCAGCGCUGGAUGGCAGCUGCCUGCACGCAGGCCCAUUUCGUACUAAAGGGAGAUGAUGAUGUCUUUAUCCAUGUUCCCAAUGUGCUGGAGUUCCUGGAGGGCUGGGAUCCUACCCAGGACCUCUUAGUGGGAGAUGUCAUCCGCCAGGCCCGGCCCAAUAGGAACACCAAAGUCAAAUAUUUCAUCCCAUUCUCCAUGUACAGGGCCCGCAACUACCCACCUUAUGCAGGAGGAGGAGGCUAUGUUAUGUCCCAGGCUACUGUGAGGCGACUUCACUCAGCCAUGGAAGAGGCAGAACUCUUCCCCAUUGAUGAUGUCUUUGUGGGAAUGUGCCUGAAAAAGCUAGGGCUGAGCCCCAUACACCACGCUGGCUUCAAGACAUUUGGGAUCCAAAAGCCCCUGAACCCCUGGGACCCUUGCCUGUACAGAGGGCUUCUGCUGGUGCACCGUCUAAACCCCCUGGAGAUGUGGACCAUGUGGGCGCUGGUGACAGAUGAAAGGCUCAAGUGUGCAGCUACCCACUAACCCUAGCCCUGAAGGGUGGGUUGAGUAACAGCUUUUGAGUGGCUGCUGAUUUCCUAUCACCAGGAGAAACUGAAAACCAGGUCCCUGCUGGUCGAUAGGAAGUGUGCUCUUCAUUUCUAUAAUGCCACCAACCUUAUUUGAUUAAAAGUGCUGAAACCUGGCAAGCUUGUCCAGCAUCUGCGGAAU